GCCCCGCGGAUGCACUACAAGCGUUGUGCUUAGGCUGUCGCUCGCCGCAAUCAAAGCAAUUCAUGCCGAUGCCUGCAUUGAAGCUUCAUUAUGUGCCGCACACUACUCUGGAAAUCGCGGAUAUGCGGCCACACCUGGAUCGAACUCUACAAACCAUGUGGCGAUGGCAUGGACCUCAUGACAUGUCCAGACUUCACCUCCGAACAGCCGUAUGGUCCUGCAGAGAUGCCUGAGUGGCGUGGCAGAUGGGCACCUGAAGGCGAAUGCCCGCGCUGUGACUAUGAGACGUAUGAUAUGCGACGCAGACGAAUGAUGCAGUGGAGAAAGGUCGGAUUGAGAUGGGGCGUCGGACCAGCUCGCAGUGACGUCCCGGGUAUUGAUCUUGCGAGUGGAUGUGGGUGCUGUUUGAUGUGAACAAUCGGCAUGGACGAGCUCAGUCAAGCCGUCCG